AAGUAAAAAUGGGAGGGCAAUUUCGGUAAUUGAGGUUUCUUCUCUUCUUUAGGGUUUUAGGAUGUCAUCAAUAUAUAAACAAAAUUUUCACACAUUCUUUUUCCUCAUACAGCUGCAUCUCCUUCUUCAGGCCGCCCUCAAAGCAAAACCCAUUUGUGAAAAAUGGCAACAGUUCCAGGGCAACUAGUGUGGGAAAUAGUGAAGAAAAACAAUUCAUUUUUGGUGAAGGAGUUUGGUAAUGGUAGUGCUGGUGUUGUGUUUAGUAAAGAGCCUAACAAUCUUUACAAUCUUCACUCUUACAAACAUUCUGGCCUAGCAAACAAGAAAACUGUGACUAUCCAGCCUGGAGGCAAAGAUCAAUCUGUGUUGCUUGCUACAACAAAGACCAAGAAACAGAACAAGCCUUCAAGUUUGUUGAACAAAUCUGUUAUGAAGAAGGAAUUCCGCCGCAUGGCCAAGGCAGUAACGAACCAGGUUGCAGACAACUAUUACAGGCCAGAUCUGAAGAAGGCAGCCCUCGCGAGGUUGAGCGUUGUGAACAGGAGCCUCAGGGUCGCCAAGUCUGGCAUGAAGAAGAGGAACAGACAGGCCUAGAGUUGCAUUGAUUGUUAGAUUUUGUUUACAAUGGCAUUGUUGUUCUCCAGUCAUUAAGUACCAAAGUUUUGUUUUCUAAUUUUAUAUUUGAAAUCUUUUUUUCAAAAAGCUAUGGUUAAGGGCUUUGCCCCGUUCAUUAUUAAAUAGACUGAUCAUUUAGAAAGGAUCUGCUCAAUUUUGUGGAAGGUGUGGUAUGUUGGACUA